UCAUGUGACACCAGCUCGUCACCUGACCGCGCCGCCCGGAAGCGCUCGCGCGGUGCUGCCUCUCCCAGCGGGCACCGCGGCGGCUACGGCAGCCGGGCCGGGCCGGGCCAUGGGGCGCGCGGACAUGGCGCGCGUGCCGCACGUGGUGGCCGAUACCGGCGCGUUCCUGAGCGCGGCCCCGCUGCAGGACAUCGCGGAGAACCUGUACACCGUGCCCGAGGUGCUGGCCGAGAUCCGCGACCGCCCGACGCGCCGCCGCCUCGCGGCCCUGCCCUGCGAGCUGCGGCUGCGCCGCCCGCGGCCCGACCUGCUGCGCCUCGUGACCGAGUUCUCCAAGAAGACCGGCGACUACCCCAGCCUCUCGGCCGCCGACCUGCAGGUGCUGGCCCUCACCUGCCAGCUGCAGGCCGAGACCGACGGCCCCGGCUGCCUGCGCUGGGAGCCCCAGGACAAGGUGCAGCUCAGCUCCACCCCGCGGCACCCCGAGGCCCCACUGCACGUCGCCGGCUUCCACCUGCCCGCCAAGCACAAGUCCCCAGGGAAGGGCCAGCGUCAGCCCAGCCCCGAUGGCAGCACCGUCCCCUCUGAGAGCGAUGAGUUCAGCUCCUUCCUGUACUGGCGAGUGCCUCUGCCCAGCAUCGAGGAGGAGCUGCAGGAGCUGCUGAAACCUCCGGCCGCCCCCGUCAGCACAGAGACCGCUGAGGAGCAGCAGAGCGCUGAGGAUGAGGCCAGUGCGGAGGAGGAGGAGGACGAAGAGGAGAGCGACAACGAGGGCUGGAUAACACCCAGCAACCUCAAGCAGGCCCAGCAGGACAUGGGGCACUGUGACACUGCACCGGUUGGCAUCCAAGUCGGCUGUGUCACCACAGACUUUGCCAUGCAGAACGUGCUGCUGCAGAUGGGCCUCCACGUGCUGGCGGUGAAUGGGCGGCUGAUCCGCCAGGCCAGGAGCUACAUCCUGCGCUGCCACGGCUGCUUCAGAACCACUUCAGACAUGACCAAGGUUUUCUGUCCCCACUGCGGUAACAAGACCCUGAAGAAGGUCGCAGUGAGUGUCAGCGAGGACGGGAGCCUCCACAUGCAUUUCUCCCGCAACCCCAAGGUGCUGAACCCCCGAGGGCUCAGGUACCCGCUGCCGGCACCGAGGGGAGGGAAGCACGCCAACAACCCCCACCUGGUGGAAGACCAGCCCUUCCCGCAGCAGCGGCUGUCCCGCAAGGCCAGGCAGAAAACCAACGUCUUCGACCCUGACUACAUCGCCGGGGUCUCACCCUUCGCAGAAAACGACGUCUACAGCCGCGCUGCCAACCUGCAGAUCCGGGACGCGGCCCUGGGCGCUGGCAGGAGGCGCCUGAACCCCAACGCCGUGACAAAGAAGUUUGUGAAGAGGAGGUGAAGGGUGGGACGGGGCCCUUGGCAGCCAGCGCUGCCAGGGACCAUCUGCCCAGGCCUUGCCCAGCACUGCCUGACACAGGACGGCUCGCAGAGCCACCCUGGGCAGGAGCUGGACCUUUCCUUCCGCGGUUCUCUGGUGCCCGAAGAGCAGCUGGGACUGGGGGUGGCUCUGACCUUGCCAGAAAGGGGGAACCUGGCUGAGGUAGGGGCUGCGUUGCUAAUAAACACAAAACCGUA